CGGCCGGGGCGGGAGCGGCGGCAGCGCGGGGUGGGUAGCGUCGCCCCGUGUUGCGGCAUGUCCAAGACGCUGCGGAAGAAGCGGCACUGGCUGAGCAAGGUGCAGGAGUGCGUGGUGUCCUGGGGCGGCCCAGCGGGCCCCGACCCCGAUCUGCUGCGCGGCGGCGCCGAGCGCGGCGAGUUCCCGUACCUGGCGGGCCGCCUGCCCGCGGGCGGCGAGGGCGCGCCGGGCCCCGCGCUGCUCUCGGGCAAGGCGCCGGCACCGGGGGACGUGCUGCUGGAGGUGAACGGUACCCCGGUGAGCGGCCUCACGCACCGCGACACGUUGGCCGUGGUGCGGCACUUCAGGGAGCCCGUGCGCCUCAAGACCGUGCGCCCAGGAAAAGUUAUCAACAAGGACUUGCGCCACUACCUGAGCCUUCAGUUCCAGAAGGGCUCAAUAGACCACAAACUCCAGCAAGUGAUCAGAGACAAUCUCUAUUUGAGAACCAUCCCUUGCACUACAAGGGCUCCCAGAGAUGGGGAGGUCCCUGGGGUAGACUAUAAUUUCAUUCCUGUUGAGCAGUUUAAAGCGCUGGAAGAAAGUGGAGCCUUGCUAGAAAGUGGAACAUAUGAUGGUAAUUUUUAUGGUACUCCGAAGCCUCCAGCAGAGCCCAGCCCCUUUCAGCCUGAUCCGGUGGAUCAAGUUCUUUUUGACAAUGAUUUUGAUACUGAAUCACAGAGGAAAAGAACCACAUCCGUCAGCAAAAUGCAAAGGAUGGAAAGUUCUCUCCCUGAAGAGGAGGAAGAGGAAGAAAAGGAAGCAGUUAAUGGCAGCGGAGGGAUAGAAAACAAAGAAAAACAUUCAGAUUCUCCUGACUGGACGAAACCUGUUCCCAGCUACAACCAGACAAGCAGCAACAUGGACUUCAGAAAUUAUUUGUCAAGGGAUGAGACGCUGGAACCGCUACCCAAGAACUGGGAAAUGGCCUACACGGACACUGGCAUGAUCUACUUUAUCGAUCACAACACCAAGACAACCACAUGGCUUGAUCCCCGGCUCUGUAAGAAGGCCAAAGCUCCUGAAGAUUGUGAAGAUGGAGAACUUCCUUAUGGAUGGGAAAAAAUAGAAGACCCUCAAUAUGGGACAUAUUACGUUGAUCAUAUUAACCAGAAAACUCAGUUUGAAAAUCCAGUAUUGGAAGCCAAAAGGAAAAAACAGCUAGGACAGACUGAUGCUGGGCCUUCCAAAUCAGGACCAGGGAGGUCUGUCUUCACUCGAGAUCCAUCCCAGCUUACUGGAGCACUUAUAAGGACAUCCUUGAAAAAAAGUACCAUGGGAUUUGGCUUUACGAUCAUCGGAGGGGACAGGCCUGAUGAGUUUCUCCAGGUGAAGAAUGUGUUAAAAGAUGGGCCCGCUGCACAAGAUGGGAGAAUUGCUCCAGGUGACGUCAUCGUGGACAUAAAUGGAAGUUGUGUUCUUGGCCAUACCCAUGCAGAUGUUGUCCAGAUGUUUCAGCUCAUUCCCGUCAAUCAGUAUGUGAACAUGACUUUGUGUCGUGGGUACCCUCUUCCUGACGACAGUGAAGACCCCGUGGUGGAUAUUGUGACAGCCACACCUGUCAUUAAUGGCCCGCCGGUGGCCAAGGGAGAUACUUCCGUGUCCAGCCAAGAUUUAGUAGCAGGAACAGUUGUGUUGGACCAGAAUGGGAAAAUGUUGGUCAACGGUCGCCUGAACGGCCCUUCCGUGGAUUCAGCAGAGCAGAGGGUUUCCUUUGCCUCCUCAGGAGGCUCUCAGCCAGAGCUGGUCACCAUCCCUCUGGUCAAAGGGCCUAAAGGCUUUGGGUUUGCCAUUGCAGACAGUCCCACAGGCCAGAAGGUGAAGAUGAUUUUGGACAGCCAGUGGUGCCAAGGCCUACAGAAAGGGGAUGUCAUCAAGGAGAUUUGCCAUCAGAAUGUGCAGAGCUUGACCCACUUGCAGGUGGUGGAGGUGCUCAAGCAGUUUCCAGUAGGAGCAGAGGUGCCCCUGCUUAUCUUAAGAGGAGGUCCCCCCUCACCUACUAAAGCUGCCAAAGGGAAGGACAAGCAGGACAGUUCAGGGAGUUUGGAAGCUGUCAGCGAUACCAUUCCACAGCCGAUGCCCUUCCCGCCCUCUGCUGUGCGACCAGGCUCUCCUAAACUGGACCCUUCCGAAGUCUACCUGAAGUCUAAGACAAUUUAUGAGGACAAACCUCCAAACACAAGAGAUUUAGAUGUUUUCCUGAGAAAACAAGAGUCAGGCUUUGGUUUCCGGGUGCUUGGAGGGGACGGACCGGAUCAGCCUAUUUAUAUCGGAGCCAUAAUCCCAUUGGGAGCAGCAGAAAAGGAUGGGAGGCUGCGUGCAGCGGAUGAGCUGAUGUGCAUCGAUGGAGUCCCUGUGAAAGGGAAGUCACACAAGCAAGUUCUGGAUUUAAUGACCAGUGCCGCACGCAAUGGGCAGGUGCUGCUCACUGUCCGGAGGAAGAUCUUCUUCAGUGGGGAAAAGCAGGCGGAGGAGGAGGAGCCACAGCCCGUCCUGGCACAGAACGGCUCUCCCCGGCUGAACCGUGCAGACUUUGCCAACCAACCGUGCCCGGAGGUCUACGAUGUCCGUCUGCAGCGGAAGGAGAACGAAGGAUUUGGCUUUGUCAUCCUCACCUCCAAGAACAAACCUCCUCCUGGGGUGAUUCCUCACAAGAUCGGGCGGGUUAUCGAGGGGAGCCCGGCUGACCAGUGUGGGAAGCUGAAGGUGGGCGAUCGAAUCUCAGCGGUGAACAGCCAGUCCAUCGUGGAGCUCUCCCAUGACAGCAUCGUGCAGCUCAUCAAGGAUGCAGGCAACGUGGUGACUCUCACGGUGGUCGCUGAGGAAGAGCAACGCGGUCCUCCAUCCGGAACAAACUCGGCCAGGCAGAGCCCGGCUCCACAGCACCGACCGCUGGGAUUGGCACCGAUCAACCCUGACAGGGGAGCUACAGAAGGUGAAGCUGGAAAAGAAGUUUCUAGUAGUUACCGGCUGUCCUGGCCCGAGCACAAGCACAUGGCACAGCUGGAUGCUGCUUCAGGUGUUGGCAGCCGUUAUUCCCAGAAUCCUGGCUGUUUCCCAGUGGAGUUGGAAAGGGGCCCUCGAGGGUUUGGAUUCAGCCUCCGAGGAGGAAAGGAAUACAACAUGGGCUUAUUCAUCCUCCGUCUGGCUGAGGAUGGGCCGGCAGUCAAGGAUGGGAGAGUCCAUGUUGGUGACCAAAUUGUGGAAAUUAAUGGAGAACCUACCCAAGGAAUCACUCACACACGAGCCAUUGAGCUGAUUCAGGCUGGAGGAAAUAAGGUGCUGCUGCUGCUGAGACCAGGGACUGGAUUAAUACCAGAUCACAGUGAUUGGGAUAGCUACAGUCCUGCUUCAUCAAAUGUAAUAUAUGAAGAACAGAUACCAUUAUUAUCUUCAUCUUCCCAUCCUGCUUCCCCAUCUGAAAUGUGUUAUUUAGCAGUACCAGGAGAAGCUUUAACCAGAGUUCAGCUGUCUGAGGAACUGGAACAAGCAGAGAACAUUGUGCCUGACAAGAUAAGCACUUUAACUGAAAACCAGUGUGAGAGGAAGCCUCAGUCUUCUCCCCGGAGAACAAAGAAGAGAUGGGAAUGUCCCUCGAGCCCUGGGUUUGGAGUCACUAAAGCUAGUUCGGAAGCAAGGACCGGAAGGGACAGAUCUGCCAGUGCAGCAAAGUCAGGGGCUGCUGAAGGAUACUCUCACAGCCCCGGGAAAGGGGAUCCUGAAAAAAACAAUCUCUCACAUAAAUCUGACAGUUCCAGGAGCGAGAGUAAAACCACAGAAACAGGGAUGGAGAAGAGCGACAAAAGAGAGCGUUCCAGUGGAAAUCGAGGAAGGUCAGCUAGUCCCCAGAGGCAUCUCGGCGAGCCAGGAAGUGCGGGAACGGGGGGAAGGAUACGAGGUAGAACAUCGAGUGGUGACAAGGCAGCUGCUGAGCAGUUGAAAGGUGAGAAUGGUAAACUGGGAGUCACCAGGAAAGAGAUGAAGCAGAAGACCCCAGGAAAGACAGAAGGGUGUUCUGCAGAGCAACAUUACCCAGCAUUUGGUGGGAAUAGCCUUCCCUUCAGGGACUCCAGGAGAAAUGCCUCCGAGGAUGAUUUAUUAACCAAGUCCAGCUCCGGAGACACAGGUUCCAGCAGGUUCAAAACCUCCAGCCUUUCCAAUAUCCCACUGCUUUCCAUGGAGAAACAAAGGAGGGUGGAAACACAGGAGGCUCUUACGCUGAACAGUCACCGUGGAGAGAGACACGUGGAGCUGUCCAAUGAAACCAAAGAUGGAACUUCCCAACCUGAGAGGAAUUCUCCAGUAAGGAAAACACCGAUAACUCCCGGGCCGUGGAGGGUCCCCAGUGGCUGUAAGGGCACCCCAGCAGCAGGAGUGCCUGGAAAACGGGUGUGACUGACUGAUGCUGAUUUUUAGAAUGUGUCUUGAUCAAUUUUCCCAUAAGGGUAAUGUAAAGCAUUGGUUCUUCUCACACAAUUGUCUUUUUUUUUUUUUUUUUUUCUCCUCAGAAACUGGUUAGAGGGGGGGAAGUGUUUGAUUUGUUCUUAAAGUAUCUAAGCUGCAUGAAGGACCUUUCAGAUUGCUUCGGUGAAACUCUUCCAUGAGCUGCUGUCCCCAUGUCCCUUUGCAGGCCAUGUCUGCUGCUCCCAGUGUUGCACUGCUGCAGCUUCCCCAAGUGUUGUGAACUCUGAACAAAGUUAUUUAAUGCCCCUGUUGCCAACGCCAUCCCGACUCACUUUCUGUUUUUGUGCCAAGCUAUCUACUGUAUCCAGUCAAUCUGAUCCUUCCCACAUGGAUUCCGGUCGCAGACAAGGCAGGUUUGGGCUGAAGUGGGUGUUUUCUCUAGAGCACGUUGCACAUUUACAUCAGGAAACCCACGUGUUCUUGCUGGAUCAGGGAGAACACGGGCAAGUUGAUUCUGUCAGUUCCAGGGCAGCAAAUGAGCUGCUGAUGCUGCUCGGUUCAUAUGUUUCCUGGAAUUUUUAUACCUGAUACAAAACCCUGUAGCUAAAUACCGUAUUUGACAUAAUUUUGUAAUUGUGCUUUUUCUGACACAGCAAAAUCACUUUAGUUCCUUGAUUCACAGGGAUUCUCACAUCCGUGAGAGGAAAGAAAAUCUGGGUUCUGUUAAAUAACACAAUUCCUUUGGUUUCACUCGUGGCACCGUGACGUGCUCAGCCUCGAUGUGGAGCUGAUACUGAAGUCCCAUCUUUAAUUAUUUAAUGCUAGUUGGGAAUUGGGUUUUUUCCCCUCUGUAGAGGUAAGAACUGACCUUAGGACAGAGUCAGCUGCCAGAGCAGCUUUUUCAGUGAAGUUCUUGCCUGUAUAGUUUAGGACUCUCCCCUAUUUACUAUGAAUGUGCGAUCAAGGAGUGUCAAUGACAAACAGGAUGCAGGAGAACACGACGUCUAUGGUUUGGGCUGGCAGAGAUACUUUAAAGAGGGAUGCUACCACCAGAACCUACUGACACAUCAGUCCCACAGCCAUAAGAACAACAGAAACUGAAGGGGUUUAUUUUAUUCACAGUUUUAGUGAUUAUUUCCUGACAUCUGAGAUUUUUAAUGACUGCAGGAAAGUGGUAAAAAGAGGGCCCUUGGUCCAGUUUGCAGGAGAAAGAUGAGUAAUGAUUGAGCUUUACUCACUCAAAAUGCAAACUAAUAGGAUUUACUCUUUGCAAGUCAGUAUCUCAUUUUGGCUUUGAAACGUUAAAUGCUUUUAAAGGCUAACAAAGCACGGUGAGGCACUUCUGAGUGGAAUGCUUCACGAGUACAGCUGACCACUCAGACAGCUUUUAAACAAAGACUUUGGGAAUUCAAAAGGAUUUAAAGCAGCUCUGAACCAUGCUGCUCUACACCGGGUGAGCCAUUGAGGUUUGCUGUGUAGCAUAACACGUACAAAUACUCCCUGGGUGGAAUAUGACUGUGAAAUAUUUAAUACUCUGAAGUAGCCUGUGUAGAUAUUACCCUGCGUUCUUCCCCAGAGAUUGGUUUAUGUUGAGCUGUGUGCACUCGGCCUGACCACUGAAUACAGUGACAAAUCCAGUCCUUCAAUUCCAGAUGAAUUAGCACCACUGAAAUCAUUUCCCUGCCAUCAACUCCCUUCUAUUUUUCUAUAUGUUAAUGUGACCUGAUAAUGUCUUACCUGUGUGUGAUUUCUCUUCCCAUAGACCUUGUAUCUGUACUUCAGUAUCAGACUUAGCCAUGUGGCCUUGGAAUGCUACGCAGUGUAUGGAUGUACUGGGUGUAAAUGUUUAUAUAUUGUACAGCACCUUUAUACAGACUUCUGAGGUUCUGACUAGAGAGAGACCUGUAAAUUGCUCAUUAUUUUUUAUAUAGAUAUUAAAAACAAACUCCAGUUCA